GCUGAUCUGCUUACUCGGGGCUUCCCAUUCUGCAACUAGGGUUUAUCCUUCUUAUUUUCUCGCCCGAGCUACGGUUUUUCACUGGUUACCAUCGCCAUUUACCUUCGGCCUCAUUGCAAUUCCCGAGAAUCGCUUUCUAGCUCCAAUAUUGACCUGCUUAUUGUUUUAUUCGAUUAAGAAUUGAUAAUGUAUCGGUGAUCAAGCUGUUUGAGUAUUGGAAGUUCAUAAGCAAGCCAACUCAUUGUAGGUUGCUGAAUCUGGCUGCUAACCAUGCCUCGAUACUACUGUGAUUAUUGCGACACCUACCUGACACACGAUUCUCCUUCUGUUAGAAAGCAGCACAAUGCAGGCUAUAAGCACAAGGCAAAUGUGCGGUCCUAUUAUCAACAAUUUGAGGAGCAACAAACUCAAAGUUUGAUUGACCAGAGGAUCAAGGAACAUCUUGGGCAGACUGCAGCAUAUCAGCAAGUUGGUGCAGCAUACAACCAACAUGUCACUUCUUUGCAAGCUCAGAGGCCCCGGCUCCCUAUUCUACCAACACCAGCAAAUGCCCCAUUGAUCCCAGGGAUCAGACCUCCUAUUUUGCCAAGACCUGUUAUUGGUGCCCCAGGUUAUGGGACUGCUCCAAAUAUGCCAUCGAUGAUGGGGCCACCUAGUGCAACUUCCUUACCCAUGCAAGUAAAUGGUGUGCCAAGGCCUCCAAUGCUGAAUCCCCCAACAACAGUGCCUGGGAGCUCGGUGGCACCGACUUCCAUUAGUCCCCUUUCUAUGAUUACACCGCCUAUGUAUCAAAAGAAUCCAACAACACCAACCAGUGUAGGCUUUGAUAGUUUUAACAUGAAUGCUGCUUCCAGUUUGCAGAGAACAACUGCUCUUGGAACUACUGCUCCUUCAACUGCCCCUACUGAUUCACAGGAUGGAUUUACUUACUCUCAAGCUUCCGAGGCUGGUCACUAGUCAAAUGGAUAUCUGAGUGGAGCAUCAGGGCUGGGUUUCCUCAUCCACUGUGCAUGACCCAUGGUUUUCAACUAUAUCAACUAUGAUUCAAGCUUGUGAAUUGUUGCUGAUCAUUGCGGAUGGAAUAUUGUGGAUUGUGAAACAUACAAUGUAUAUAACUUGAAUUCUAAAGGAUAGAAGUUUGGGAAGUUACUUUCAUUUGGGGAGAGAGAAAAUAUGUAUCUGAACUUAUUGGCUUCUACCUAUAGGUACUAAUGGAUAGGAGUACUGGUAGUUUGCAAUUUCAAAUUUGCAAAGGCAAACUGAAACCGGCAUCUAUGGAGAUUUAGUGGAUACAUGAACAUAAGCUCUCUAUGGAUAUGGGUAAUUGGGAGUUCAAUUACAAAUUUUUCUUUUUC